AUGGCUUUCUUCACUAUCUCUUCUUCCUCAACACAAUAUCUACAGGCGCCACCCGCUCUUUCGCGCAAGCGGACCCAGCAGCUUCAGCGCCCACGCGACGACGUCGAUGAAUUCCUUUCCUCUGAUCUCGAACUUUCCUUCGCUUCUACCAUGUCCUUGAACUCUCCUCCACGCGAUACAAUCGCUCUCUCCUCAGACCAUGGACGUGACGAGCCUAUGGAUAUCUCUCCAGCACCACCCAAAAUACUUGUUCCUGCAAAGGAGACCGGAAGACUCGGUCGUCCCCGCGCGUUUACCAGUGCAGCUAGGAUGUUCGGGCGUGAUAUGAGUAACGGUGUAGCACCUAGUGAACCCCCUACCUCUACCUUGAAGUCGGGUUCCUCUCAAUCAAAUGCAAAGCGUAUUCAGCGAAGUGCCUUACCUACUGAAUGGUUUGCGCCUGAAUCCAUGAAGGUGUCAGAAUCCAAGACCGAUGAGAAUAUGUAUACUCCUCCCUCUCCAGGCGCAGGAGAUGCCAUGGACGUUGACUCCGCACCCCUCUCCGUAAGGAGGGACGUCUUAGGCUCGCCGCCUCUCUCGGCGGCUCCAACGAUUACUGGAUUCAACAACCUGUUUUUUGAGACGAUGUCUCCCUCCAAGACCGAAUCACCUGUUGGUCCUCAGCCCAAGAAACGUCGUUCCUUAUCACCUGACUCUGUACGCCGAGUUGAACAUGACGUCUCCUCAUCUCCUGCUCCUUCAUCUCCAUCUCAGCAUAAACUCGAGAGAAUGUCGAGCGGACCCAUUCUGACCAAUUUCAACAAGCCCCUUUUACAAGGUCUCGGAGUUCCCUCCAACCUUAACAAGAGACCCCGCCGUCCUGUAUUUUCUGCUUUAGUCCAACCUUCUGAGAUCAAAUCCGCAUACCCCGUUCUCACCUCAGAGACUUCUCCAAUUGAGGAGCAAGUGCAGAGCCGACUUCCUCCUACACGUCGUGCCUUCUCCGCAAUGUUACCCCCCACUGCACUUGACUCUUUCUCCGACGAAUCUUCGUUUGACGGCCCCGACAUGUCGUCUCCGGCUCAGGCAUAUGCCAAGAGACAACAGGUUAAAACCCUUCGUCGGUGUGAUGGAACAGAAGAUUUCAGGCCGCUCACUGGAGCUAUGGCUAUGGUCAAGAGGGACCUGCAAGAAAGUCCUUCUGCAAGGUUUAUGGUCGCCGGUAUGCCUGGUUUCGGCGACAAUGAGGCCCAUGGGAAAAUUUUGCCCUGCCACCGUGUUAGGGAGGAUGGGCUGAUGAGGAUCAAUGCUCAGACCCUGGACUCCCUCCUUGACGGUGCUUACAACAACCAAAUUGCAGAUUUCCAUGUCAUCGAUUGUCGUUUUGAUUACGAAUAUAAUGGUGGACAUAUCCCCGGCGCUGUCAACAUUAACACACCCAUCGGUGUUGAAGAAUUUUUACUUGGUAAAGCAACACCCAGGCCCUGCGUUAGCGGUGAUGUGAACAGGAAGACUAUUGUCGUAUUCCACUGCGAGUUUAGCGCAAAACGUGCCCCUACUUUCGCCAAGCAUCUUCGUUCCAAGGACCGUGCACUCAACAACCACGUAUACCCCAAAAUCCACUACCCUGAAGUGUACGUCCUCGAAGGUGGUUACUGCGAAUACUUUAAGCAAUCGGCGAUGCGCUGCCAGCCCCGAGGAUACGUGACGAUGGACGAUCCCGUUCACGCACUAUCCCGCAAAGAAGACUUGGACCAAUUCCGCAAGGCCAAGUUUGGACGCACCAAGUCUUACGCGUAUGGUGAUGGGGCCUUGAAGAUGUCUGCCUUGUCCCAUCAGCCUAAGAGGAAUACCGCGCCAACCGCCGGUGCAACUCAACUUUUUGCGGCCGCGAAUGCUGCUCGUACUCGUCGUGGCGGUGGCCUCUCCACCUUGGCAGAGGACGGAAAUUCCGCUGCUCACUCUGAUGACGACGAGACUGAUAUCGGCGAUAGUCCAUGCCCUCCUCCGACCAAAAACGUCUUAUCCAAAGCGAAGAGGCUCAGUCGCGUUCCGAUGGUUAGGGCCGAAACUUUAGGCUCUUCCCGCAUGGCUUAUUGAUAAUACCCUGUCAAUGUCAGUGCCUGCAAGCUGCACACCUUAAUGCUCCUCGAGGGCUCCUGUUUUGUCUUUCCCAAUUAAUGUUUUCUGUGCCAAUGAAGGCAGAUCGUCUCCGCCAAAUCAUGUUCUUUCGUAAUUCAUAAUCAACACGACACUCCGAUGUCUUCCGUCUCAGACACCCAUCUACGACCGUUACCAGAAUAAAGACUUUCACGUCUCAGUUAUGCUUAUCUCAUUCCAUUACGCUCGUUAUGCUCUAUGCUCUCUGCGGCGUGUCCGAUAUACAUUUUCGCAUCCGUCUCGCACCCGAAGCCCUCCUAAACAAACUUGACAAGAACACACUAGCAUCCGAACUUCGUUCAGUCUCCUUAGCCAUUCAAUCGAUCGCAUUCCAACGCUCCAUUUGUCUGACUAGUAUCACUAUCACGCAUCAUAUGUGACAACCGUUGCAUAUCAGCUCGCUCAUCUGUUUUUAUAUAUGUCAAUGGACGGUCAUCGCACCGCUGUCCUCCACACAUCUUUUUCGUUUCUAUUUUCUAUUCGCAUUUCAGCCGAACUUACUAUUUUCCCGCUUGCGCCUAAAACACGCUGUUACCUCCUUCUCUGUCCCCCGCACUGGACAUUUCCUAAGACUUUCUUCACUUGUGAUAUGUGGAGUUGGAGUAGACAGAAUGGCUUUGAUUCAGUCUGGUGUUUUUGUUCGUUACAUUUGCCAUUUACAAUCAUCUCUUUUCUAUUCUCCUAUUUAUUGUUCACUCUUGAUAUAUCAUUCUUCUGUUUCGUCAAGCUUUGGACUUUAUGUCUCGGUGUCAUUCUCGAGUGUUACAUCCAUUCGUGCUAGUGAUUUCGUGAUAGUGCCUGUUAAUGUCUUCUAAAUAUUAUUUCUAUGAAAA